AUGAAGUUGUGGGAUGAAAUUAUCCCCGAUGAAUUCGUGCUCAAGUCAUGGAUCGUGGUAUUCUUUGCAUGUUUUAACACGGGGGACGCGUUGCCGAUCGGCAGCACCCCACCGCCCGGGUUCGACGAGGCGAUCCGCGGUGGGCCCAACAACAUGUACCCGACAUCGAGCCCGAGCCGCAGUACUUACUACACACAGGGCAGCACUGCCCACUCGGUGCGCAGCCAGUCCACGUACUCGUCCAACUCGAGUACUGUCACUUCCAGACAGGAGAUCGAGACCACAGUCCGGAUGUACAGAGGGUUUUUCAGUUGCGUUACUCCGUGUGAUUUGGUUUUGUUUGGCCCCCUGGGCCGCCUUUUAUUUUUGUUCAUUUUAUUCUCCGUGGCGCCGCGGGGUAGGCUGAGCCAGAUGACAGUGCAGAGCAAGGCGUCGCCAGGACGCGGCGGCCCACGCCACACGGCGGCGGCCGUGGCCGGAGCGGACGGGACGAUGGGACGAGGCAGCGCCUGGACGCCGCCGCUGUCCUCCAACGACAACACGACUUGGACGGAAGGAACACCGUCCUACACAGAGUCGUCUUCGAGCGAAGGUCAUACGCCGCGGAGGAGCAGGAAUGCUAGUCGGGAGUCGGAUAAGCGCCGGGGCUUGGACGAGUUGGACGAAGAGUCGCCGCAGCAUGUGGUGAGGGUUUCGCGAGUUUAAGCAGAAGGAAAAAUUUUUGCAAAAUGGAAAACAAAAUUGAGGGAUGCGUAUCGAGGGAAGCCGUGGUCUAUUAUUAUUUUUUUUAAGCUUAUGAGGAUUACUUUUGUGGUGCGUUUAUCGCUUAUUGAAGUCUCUUCCCUGAGUUUUGGAAAAAAAAGAAAGAGGGACGGUUGGAAGUGGAUUUUGGUUUUAUCGUUUGUUUGUGCAACGAAAAUUAGUGCUUGCCUGUUGCUUCUUUGCUCUGUUCUUUGCUGUCUUUUUUGUUUCUGUGUCUCGAAAUGUUCGCAGGAGUGAAUUGUUGCAUUAAGGCCACGUUUGCUUAUAUUUUACAAACCGCUUCAAAGGGUUUUUACUCUUCCUAUUUUCGCUCCACCUAAAGCCUCCGUGAGGGGAAUUUUUGGUUUCGUGAGUUGCAGAUAUGAUUAUUUUAAUCUGCUUUUACAAAAUGUUUUAUAAUUGCAACCAGGAGUUGGCAAUUUCUUUCUCACCAAUUUGCAUUUCAUAGCAACCUUUGUAUAUUCAGCACCACCACCGCCACAAAUAUUUCCGAAAUCGGAACAUUUUCUUCUUUUUAACAUGGAAAUCUUUUUCGUGAUAUUGUCCUUCGAGAAAAUUUUAAUAUUUCUUUUCGAUUGUAUUAUCUUGUGCAAUUUGAACUGCAAUAAACUCACUCCUUAAACUCUCAGAAACGGUCAGAAAUCCCUGAGAAUGGUUCCAAAGGUCGCCAUUCAUUUCCGUGGGCGAAACUUGAAAAAAAAACCAAACGGCUUUUAUGAUUUUUGAUCAAUUUUUUUUAUGCAUUUCAAGUUUUUGCACUCGACUUGAAGAAAUUGAUUUCAGAACGCCUGUUUAUUUGAGCUGAGUUUGUGAAUUGUCUUUUUGGCGAAGGAAUUUUAUUGGAUUUUUUAUAGCGUUUUAACGUAAGCUUUUGUUUUGCUUUUAUUCCGCAUCAGGUUUGUGAUUGAUUCAGCAUUUUAAUGCUGAAUGGUGAGAAUUUUUUUUGUGUCGGGAUGCUUAUUUUCCGAGCUUGGGUGGAAAUUUCGUGCAUUUAUUGUUAACGCAGCUGAUUUAUUAUGAUCCUCUUGCGCAUGUCUUUCUCCACUCUCUUGAAUUGCUCUUCUUUUCCGAAUUUUCUUAAUUGCUCCCUUUUGGCAUGUGUGUGUGUUUUGCGUGCGUGAAUUUUCCUUUUGGGUGAAGGACCUUGUUUAAAUGUGUUCUCGUUGUCAUUGACGAAAGAGAAAAAGAAAUAUCGCGUUUCCGUCCAUGAGUUCCUAGAAAUUUUAAGCGAGAAAAUUUUCUCCCGCGCGGUUGAGGUUUCUUUCGAAGGGAAGAUGACAUUUUAUCGAUCAUUUUGGAGUUUUCACUCAAAUCGAACUUAGUGUUUUCAAAAUUUACUUGGCGGCGACUUGCGCGGAAAUUUAUUUUUGUCCCUUCGCAUGGUACUUACGUUGUAGGUUUUUUUUUAUUCGUGUUGUAAUUGUGAUGAUGGAAAAUGCCUUUUUGUUUCUUUUCAUCGUGACGUCUGCUUUUGAACAAGAAAGCGUGUAGCUCUUUUUUUUCUUUCUUUGGGAAUUGGAGAAGAGGUAGAAGAGACAUUGGAAUAAAAAAGCUUUUUUCUGUUA